AUGGAGGAGGUGAAAGAGCACCCGUACGCCAUGCAAUGUGAUGCCGCCAAGCCGCUGAUAGUCGACACUUUUAAAUUCACGUACGACUUGGACUUUUUAAAUCCGCAGGCAGACGAGCUAACUACUCCACCGCUCGCCAUGCCGCGGCUGCCACACGAGGUAAUUUUUGCAAUUGGUGGCUGGAGCGGUGGAACCUCGAAGGGUUGUAUGGAGACUUACGACACACGGUUCAACGCUGAGGAUCCUGCCGGUCAACGCGCCUACCACGGCACCGCAGUGCUUGGCUUUAAAAUAUUUUCGAUUGGCGGAUCCGAUGGUGUUGAGGACUUCAACACCUGCCGUAAAAAAAAGUGGAACGAAAUCGCUCCAAUGCACUGCCGUCGCUGCUACGUAAGUGUAAGCGAGCUGAUCGGCAUGAUUUAUGCUAUAGGUGGCUACGACGGCCAUAACCGUCUGAACACUGCGAAGCGGUAUAACCCAAAAACCAAUCAGUGGUCUAUUAUUCCCCCUAUGAACAUGCAGCGUUCUGAUGCAAGCGCGUGCACCCUGAAUGGUCGCAUUUACGCCACCGGCGGAUUUAACGGCCAGGAAUGCUUAGACAGCGCCGAGUUUUACGACCCAAUAAACAACGCGUAACCUCGAAUAGCUAACAUGAAUCAUCGUCGGUCCGGAGUGGGCUGCGUGGCUUUUAGGAGCCAGAUGUGCGUCAUCGGUGGCUUCAACGGUACAGCGCGUCUAUCUACCGGAGGACGCUUCGAUCCGGAGAUGCAAAGUUGGCACUUCAUCCGCGAAAUGAAUCACUCGCGUAGUAACUUUGGACUAGAGAUUAUUGAUGACAUGAUCUUUGCAAUUGGCGGCUUCAACGGCGUCUCGACCAUCUCUCAUACAGAGUGCUACGUUGCGGAAUCAGACGAGUGGAUGGAGGCCACUGAUAUGAACAUUGUCCGUUCCGCCCUGUCUGCCAAUAACGUAGUAGGGCUUUUAAACAAGAGAGACUAUAUUCAUAAAGAACGGGACCGCCUAAUGGAGGAUCGUGACCUAGACAACAGACGCGGAUUUCGUAUGCAGCUGCGUAACCAACGCCAUCGCAUCAUGAAAUUCGCCGUCCCACCUAGGCGACACCUAUUAAAACUCUUACCCUGAAUUAUGUAUCUAAGCACACCAGCGAUAAUACGAUUUCUAAGGGACAACAAAAAAUCGUGUGCAGAUCACCACAAACGAUUAAACGUUAACGUGAGGCAUGGUAUCUUUACAAGUACUGCAGCGAAGCCCACGUCCGUAGAAACCGCUUUUCAAAAAACUUUUCCACAGCCGUUAGCACAAAUAAAAACAAACACAGCGUGUGGUUACCAAGUCGUCAUCUUUUUUCAUUUAUUUAACGGAU